AUGGACAAUCCAAUAAUAAUGAACAAAUAUUCCAUUGAAAGGACUCUAGGCAAUGAAAUUAAACCAUAUAAUUAUGAUGAAUUUGUAAAGAAUUUCAAGAUAAAUAUAAUCAGUCGCUCUGACAAUGACUUAGAGUUUGAUCUCGUCGGGAUCGAUGUAGCUGUGGCUAAUAGUUUGAGAAGAGUUAUUAUAUCUGAGGUACCAAGUAUGGCAAUUGAAAAGGUGCAUAUAUAUCAGAACACAUCUUAUAUACUCGAUGAAAUACUUGCACAUCGAUUGGGCUUAAUUCCAUUGAAAGCAGAUCCUAGGCAGUUUAAAAUGAAAGAAGAUGAAAAUUCUGAACCAAAUGAGCAUGACAGUCUAGUUUAUGAGAUGAAAAUAAAAUGUACAAAAAAGGAUUUAGAUGCAUUAGCCCACAAACAGUUUAUUAGUUUUCCAGUUUACUCAAAACACAUAAAAUGGUUGCCAUUGGGAAACCAAAAAGAUAUUUUCACGGAAAAAGAUGUUGGAAUAAUUAGUGAUGAUAUUCUCAUCGCAAAGUUAAGACCAGGACAGGAAAUUGAACUUAAAAUGUUUGCUGUCAAAGGGGUACCUAAAGACCAUGCUAAAUUUCAAAGUGUUUGCACAGCCUGGUAUAGAAUGAUGCCAAAUAUUAAAUUACUUGAUGAAAUUAAAGGAAAUGAUGCAGUAUUACUUCAAUCAUGCUUUCCCAAGGGUGUCAUUGGAUUGAAAAGUGUUAAAGGUGUCCUUAUUGCGUUUGUAGAAGAUUCCCGAAAAGAUAAUAGUUCCAGGAAUGUAUUUAGAUACAAACAAUUUGAUAAUAAAAUUUUACUUUCCAAAAUUCAGGACCAUUUUAUAUUUACAAUUGAAUCAGUCGGAGCAAUGGAUCCAAGUUUAAUUUUCUUAGAAGCAUUAAAUAUUUUAACUAGAAAAGUUAAUAGUGCCUCAGAAUCAGCAUUAAACCAAACUGAAAUCUAA